UCUCUUUGCUCAAAGCAACUUCGGCGAUGUCUACACAAAUGACCGGACGUCGGAGCCGAAGGGGCCCACUGCAGAGCGCUUUGCGUCGGGGCCGAGAGCUCCGGGAACAGGUGGAAACUUUGCUUCAAGAAAGCAAAACAGUGAAGGCUCUGGAUUCUGAAAAAAAGAAAAGCCUUAAUGAGAGAUGUUUGGAGCUGAAGAAAUCUGUGGAUGAAAAUACCUUAACUCUUCAGAACUUAAAGAAAUCAGAUGAGCCUGCACCAGUAGGAAAUUAUAAUCAGAGAAAAGAAGAAGAAGAAAAACAAUUGUUUGAGCUUUCUCAGCAACUGGAAAAACUUGCUGCAGUCCUUAACCAGGACAAUGUAGUCAAAGACUCUAGAAUGAAUUUGAAAAAGAAAGGCAGCCCAGAGGAACAGCAGAAAAAUGAAGAGACAGAAAAUGAGGAAGAAGGACAAAGUACCCAGAAUGAUGAUGAUGAUGAAGAAGAGCAAGAUAGCGAGGACGAUGAGGAUGAUGAAGAUGAUGAUGAAAGUAAACUAGAUGAUUCACUUAAUACAGAAUUCAUCGCACUUGGAGAUUUUGCUGCACAGCAGGAAGGGGAUUUGACAUUUAAAAAAGAAGAAGUUCUUCUUAUCAUUGAGAAAAAGCCUGAUGGUUGGUGGUUGGCUAAAAAUUUAAAAGGGGAGAAAGGCCUUGUGCCUAAAACCUAUCUUAUGGCAAAAGACAAGGAAGAAGAAGAGCCAAGUGAAGAGGAAACAGAGGAGGACAUUGAAGUGGCAGAUGAAACAGCAGGUGGAGCCGAUAUUCUGAAAAGAACAGACUCUCACUGGAGUGCUGUCAAAAAGGCCCUCACAGAGAAUAAUGCCUUAGAUGCCCUGACAACUAUGGGAGCAGUGCCUGCUGGAUUUCGACCUUCAACGCUUGCACAGCUCUUGGAUGAAGGAAAUCAAUUUCAGACAGCUUCAUUCCUUCAACCUGUGCUUACACCUUCCAAUCUUUCUUUCCAAGAUCUGGUAUGGAGCUCUGAAAAAGGCAGUAUUCAGCCAAGGCCAACUCGGAUAUCAUUAGUUAUGACUUUAUGGAACUGCAAAGGCAUUCCUUUUCCUGGCAUUAGUAUACAGGUCCUCAGUAGACAUAUCCGACUCUGCCUUUUUGAUGGCAACCGAAUUUUGAGCAACAUUCAUACUGUAAGAGCUACAUGGCAACCAAAAAACCCCAAAACAUGGACCUUUUCUCCAAGGGUCAGUGGCAUUUUACCAUGUAUUCUUGAUGGUGAUUGUUUCAUUAGAUCCAAUGAUCCAUCUCCAGACAUUGGACUAUUGUUUGAACUUGGAAUCACUUACCACAAUUCAACAGGUGAGAGUGGAGAAUUAAGCUGUGGUUGGGCAUUUCUAAAACUUUUUGAUUCAAGUGGCUUUCCAGUUCCUUUCAAAACAUACGAGCUGUUUUUGAAUGGUGGGACUCCAUAUGAAAAAAGGGUAAAAGUGGACCCAUCAAUUUCAAGGAGAGCCAGCAGCAAUGUUUUUCAACAUAUGAUAACACUGAGGAAGCAGCCACAACUUCUAGUGAAACUGAGGUCUAUUAGCACAAGAUCGAAAGGCAUCCUGAACCUAUUACCAGAAGUAUUAAUUGGCAGCAUGUGCUAUAUGCAUCUCAUAUUGUUUUAUCGUCAGAUCCUUGGUGAUGUACUCCUGAAAGACAGACCAAAUGUGCAACAUGCAGAUUUGAUCAGCAAUCCAAUUUUGUCAACUUUUCCUAAACUCAUGGAACAGCCUGAUAUUAUGGAUGCGCUCAGGAGUUCCUGGGCAGAGAAAGAGAGUACAUUGAAGAGAUCAGAAAAGAGAGACAGUGAAUUUCUGAAAUCAGUGUUUGUCCUGGUGUACCAUGACACCGUCUAUCCGCUUCUUCAGUCUGUGUCACUUCCAGAGUACAAGUGGGCAGAAGAAGAAUCUGAAGGUACUCGCUGGCGAAUAAUAGCUGAAUUCCUAAAGAAAAAUCGAGAAAAAGGGGGCAGUCUACCUUCUCUACUAUCAUUGGAAAGCCCUCACAAAGCUUUCGAUGUCAUGGAAACUGCAUAUGACUUUUUAGGAGAGGCUAGAAAAAAUAGUCCUCUAAUAUGAAAGACAUUUGUGGUUAUUCAUCUACCAAUUGCCAAACCAACACGAACUAAUUAAAUAGAACUGAUAAUGUGUUCCAAAAUGUUGUAUUUUUAUCAUUUGACUAAAACUUUUAUACCAAAUUUAUAAAUGCAAUGUAUUGAUAAACUUUAAAAAAAACAACUAUCAUGUUGGUUAUUGAUUUGUAUAUUUAUGAAGGAAG